AAUACUUUCAUGAAUUUUAAUAAAGAAUUGAUCAAACCUCAGAAUCUAACUAGAAUCUAAUCUUAAGCUUUUCAGAUAUAUUUAGUAAAUAUUCAAGAUAAGUCAUAUUUUGGAUUUAUUCCAAAGCCGGAAUACUAAAAUAGCUAGUACUUGAAUGAGUUUAUUGCUGGGGAUAUGCAACAAUAAAAUGAAAUCAAAUAUCUGCGAAAAUACAAUAAAAAUGCUAGUUAGGGUUUUUUUGCAUUCGAAGCAUACAAAGAUUAUUUACUAUUGUCAGAAUUGAAAUAAUUGCAGGAAUAAGUGAUUUUAAAGAUCUUCUAAGACCUUUUAAUUGCUUUAUACUACAUUCAUUAUAAAAACCUCUUAGGAAGGUGCUUUAAUGUAAAUAAUAUUUUGUUUGUUGAAAAUCAGCACGCUGUUAUGAUGGAAUAUGGAUUUUACCCAGAUUUAGAAUAUUAAGUGCCAGAAAUGAUAUAUAAUUAAACUUACAAUGAAAAAGUGGAUAUCUUUUUAUUAGGGAGAGUCAUCUAUUAUUUGAUGGUUGGAAAUGAGUUGCCAAGAUUUGAAAUGAGCAAUUUAAGUUAGGUUUCUUCCGAUAUCAAUUUAUCUAUUGCUUAAACAAAUUAUUCAGAAGGGCUGAAGAAAUUAGUGAUAUAAAUGCUAUCAAUAGAUGUAAAUAAAAGAAUUGAUUAUUUGUUAUUGCUGUCGAAAUUUAAAAAUAAUUAAUUCUAUUCCUUUUAGGAGCAGUUUUACAAACAGAAUACUUUGAAAAAUAUCACUUCAAAAGUUAUAGAAAAAAGAGAAAAGUAUACACAUUCUAAAUGUGAAGAAUCCCAACCAUUCGAUAUUGGAUAAACAAAAAUAAUUAGGGUAAUAUUUUUAUCUCAUAAUUUUAAGAAAAUAUUUGAAGAAUAGCAAAUUAUUUCAUCCUAACCAUUAGUUCAAGAAAAGAAUAACUUAGUUGAUGAUACUGAACCUCCCAAUUCAAAUAUUAGUUCUCUCUAUCCUCCUGAAUUUGAAAAUCCUGUUGAUUCAACAUCAUUAAAUUAAAACUAAAUUAUUAGUAAGGUGUCACAAACUUAGACUUAUGUGAAAACCUAAUAUAAUACUGAAGAUAAUCAAUUAAAGGGUUCUCUACUGGAAAACGAACUAUUAUUAAGUGUACUUCCAUUUCUUAACUCGGACAGGCCCAAGGAUUAUUUAAUUUGGAAUCAAAUCUAUUUUUAUCUGUAUCGUUUUUCAUUAAUGUCAAAACUUAUUGAUGAAUUGCAAUCACAUUUCCAAAAGACAAGCAACAGUUUAAUAUCAAUAGCAAUAUAUGGAAUGAAAAAAGCAUAAUUAAUACUUAAGAAGGAGUAUCAAUUUGCUUUAGAAUCAUUUUUAAACCUAUAUUAUAUUCCAGAGUAAGAAUGGUAAAAAUUUACCUAAUGUUCUGAGGAGUAUAAAAAAAUGAUUGGUAAGAUGAAGUUAGAUAUUGAUGUUAGUCAAAAAUUUUUGUUGUAGAAGGAUUAUUUAUAACUGAAAAAAAUUUUAGAUUAAUCAAAAAAUGAAGGAGUGGUAAAAGAAUUAUACAAAUUAAUUGAAAAAUAUUUGGAAGAUGUAUUUUAUAUAUAUUAUGAAUUGUUAGAACACAGAACUUAACAAUUUUGAAGAUAUCAAAAGAUCUUAUAGAUACAUUUUAACAAACACGUUAUCCCUCUUUGAAUCUUAAGAUGACAAGAAUAACCCUUACGUUAGGUUAUUAAUUUUAAUGUGCAUAUUGAUAAAUAGAAUAUGUGAUGUGUAACACAUUCCAUAGCACUUUAACACGAUUUGUUAAUUUAUGAAGGUUGAUUCAAUAAGCUCGAUAGUGCAGAUUGAGUAAUUUUUAAAGAAAGCUACGUAUAAAGAAUUUAAUCAAUAAUUUGAAGAGUUAAAGUAAACUUAUUUUUCAAAUUGA